AUGGCCACGCAGUCACCGGACUACUCCGACGACGAGUAUGAAUUCGACGAAGAGUACUUCUCUCGCACCUACCAACCUCUCUCCAACCUCCCCACGCCCCCUCCUUCGUCUCGGGAAGCAAACAACGGCUCGAACUCCCGUACCCUCCUGGAAGAUGGGGGCCUUCUCGACUCGGCGUUGUUAGGCCCAGCGAUUCACCUGGUCAACCUCAUCCCCCCCGCAGCAUCCCUUUCGGCCCCCUCCGUCGCUUUGGUGCACGAGAUGCUGGUUCGCGCUGAGUUGCCCACAGACAUCGUUGCCCUGGCCGUGUGUAUACUUGACUCGCUCAGCUCCAAGUUCGCUCUGAACUGGCGGCUGGCGUGCCCGUUGGCGCAACAUGAGCCUACUAGUGGAAGCACGAAACGACACACAAUCCAAGCCAGCUCGUUCCCCACGGCACAACUGCAUAUCGACUCAGUCAACCCGGAAGUGAUUGUUUUAGGGGCCCUCGUCAUCGCCUUCAAGUUCCAAGACGACAAGUAUGAGAGGACACAAUACUAUCGGACAGAAUGGGGGAAAAGCCUCUGGACGUGUGGCCAGCUUAAUGUCACGGAAAGAUGCAUUAUGGCGGACCUAGGCUACCGAAUUCUGCCCCUGUGGCACCCUGCACUCAUUGCCGACGCCAUUAGCGACAUGCGGCGUGCUGCGAGGCAAGCAGUGACCCCAUCAACCUCCAGAAAUGGAGAUGCGCAUAAACGGUCCGCAAGCUCGGGCGACGCCUUGACGCGCCACUGUUACCCGCUGACGCCGGCAGAAACGCCCGUGUCGGAAGACGGCCCAGCCAACAACCCCAUGCGUGAAGCGGUAGGGGUUGUCGCAUUCGGGAACAGUGGCGCGGUCGACGCACCCGUGCUACAUGCACCUCCGCCUUCGAGGAGGAAGACAUCGUCUCCCGUGGCCGGUUGA